AUGAGGACAAUGGAAAGAUUCUUAUUGGCAAUAAUUAAUUUAGAGAAAUUAUAUUAAUUAAUUAGCUUUAGAAAGAGAAUCAUGAAAUAAAGAAAGAUUCGCAUUUUAGUAUUAGGCGAUGCUUAAGUUGGAAAAACUUCUUGGAUCACUUCUCUGGUUUCUGACAAUCAGCCUGACAAAAUUCCUCCUGUUAUAGAUCCAGUUGUUUUCUCAGAGAUGUUUCUCCAUACAUUCUAAGUUUAAACUGUUUUAAUCGAUACUCCUAGCAAUAUCUUAGAAAAAGAAAAUGAAUUUAAAUUUAGGGAAGAAGUUUUAGCAGCCCAGGUUAUUCUUCUCCUUUAUGAUCUCUCUAACUACUCCACGAUUGAAUCAAUGGAAAAAAACUGGAUGAAGUAAAUUGAGAAAGAAAACCCAAAUGUUCCAGUUAUUAUUAUUGGCAACAAAAGGGACAUGCUUGAUGAAAUUCAAAGCUAAGAUAAAAUUCCAGAUGGAAACAGAAUAGAAAAGGUCAUAGUUCCUUUGAUUAAGAAAUUCAAACAAGUCUAGAUGGGUUUUGAGUGUUCGGCCUUACUUUAUUAGUCAAUAUCUGAUGUUAUUUAUGGGGCUCAUAGAGCAGUCUUGUUCCCAUUAUCUCCGUUGUAUGAUAUUCGUGAAAAAACAAUUACUCCAAAAUUUGAAAAAGCUUUAGCAAGAAUUUUCCGUAUUUGUGAUAAAGAUAAUGACAACAAAUGGAAUGAUGAAGAAUUAAGAGACUUAUAAUUUGAAGUAUUUUCUCAUGAUUUAUCUGGAAAUGAUAUUCAAGGAAUUAAAUAGCUCAUCAGAGAAGACGAAGUUAUUAAUCAGGAUAAAAAUUCAUCAAACUUGAAUGAAAUAACAUUUGAAGGAUUCAAAAUACUUUAAAAGAAAUGCGUUGAACUAAUAAAAAUGCAAAUUUGUUGGGCUAUUUUAAGACACUUCAAUUAUGACGAUAAACUAGAGUUAGAUAAGAAGCUGUUUAAAGAUUAGCUUAUUGUAAACUAAGAUUAUGGAUAAACUGUAGAAUUAAGUGGAAAAGCUCGUUUAUUCUUAACUAGAUAAUGUUUUGAGAGAUUUGGUUCAGCUUUAGACAGAAAAAGUAACGCAGAUGAUUUGAUUGGAUAAGUUCUUUACAAAAAAAAUAUCACAGAUAUUUUCUUCCCUUACCCAUUCAAAGAUGAAAAAUAAGGAGAAUUAGAAAAUCCUUUUUAGUAUCUCCUUCCUAUUGUUACCAAUAAAGAUUUUAUAAUUUAGGAAGAAUGGCUAAACCUUUGGGCCUACAAAACAAGGGAAGAUUACCUUGAUGUUUACAAAAAAUUGGUAUACUUAGGAUACCAAGGAUCUUUGGAAGAGACAUUCUUAAUAACUAAUACUACAAACUGCUUUAGUUAAAUUUAAAAAAUGAACUAAAGAUAUGUUUUCAAUGUUUGCUUAGUCUGUACAGAUGAUUGUUCAGAUGAAUUAUUUACAAUUUUAAAAAAAUAUAAAAAAUCAAAUGAAAAAGAUGUUAUCACUAAAAUUACAGAUUUUGUAACAAAUAUCAAAUUUGAAAAUGGUAAAAAGAAAGUUAUCAUUUUCACCUUUGCAAGAUAGAACGACCUCAGAGAUUUGUUUGAGUAAUAGGAAGAAUAAGAAAACAAAAUAAUGAGAAAGUUUGACUAAAUUGGCAUAUUGUUUAAAGAUUAAGCCUAGCUUUUAAGACUUAUUGAAGAAGCAAAUGAAAUUAAAUACGAUAAACAUCAUUCUAAAUUCUAUGAGUGCCCUAAAUUCUUUAUCUAGUUAUCAAACAAAGGAGGAGAAGAUUAGUUGAACCCUAACAUUAAGUAGUUCUCCAAGGAGCUCUGUACAUUAAAGAGCUUAGAUGACUUUGAAUCUCUUCAUAAAUCAAUAUAUAAUCUAAUUGAAAAGCCAAUAAAGGGUUUACACAGAGAUUAUAUUUAGAUUAUUUAAUCCCAAGACAACUUUUUCAGAAAAAAUAUCUAUCAUAUUUUAGUUGGAGGCGGAAUUCUUGGGGCUCUAGGUAUUGUUUUGUGGGUCAAUAAAUCUUCUCUCAAGCAAAUUCUAUAACAAUUUAAAAAAGGAAUGGGUUUCUGA